UAUAUAUAUAUACUAUACAUUCAUGCACAGAUACUGUCUCCCCUUGUUGCGCGUGAACUCAUCAAGUAAUUAAAUUUAAAACCCUCUCCCAAUAUUCUAUUCACAUUCACAGAGAGAGAUAGAUAUGGGGUGUUGAUGGUGUGGCAGUGUGUGAUCUGCUGUGGUCAACCUAAACUAAGCUUAACAUGGUCCUUCACCAGUUUUUCCUAAUCUCAAGGCAUUUUCUUUCUCUAUCAAUACUUUCCAUUUAAAUAAAAAUCAAAACUUUGGUUCAAGUUUCAGUCUUUGAGUUCAAACCAAGAAACCCACCAAAAAAAAAAAAAAAAACAGAGCAAGAGAGAGGCUGCAAAGUCCGAUGAUACGAAAAGGGUUUGGAAUUUGAGGCAAAUGUCUUCCAUGCCGAACUCGAGGCAAACCUUCUUCUUCUUCUUUCUCACUCUUCUUCUUCACUCUCCUUUUACUACUUCCAUUGCUGUAACAAACAAUGAAGCUUCUCUCUUAUUCUCAUGGCUUCAAUCUUCUUCUUCUUUUUCUUCUUUCUUUAAUUGGAAUAUUCAUGAUCAAACCCCAUGUAAUUGGACAGCCAUAACAUGUUCUUCACAAGGUUUAGUCACUGAGAUUAAUAUAAACUCUGUACCUCUUCACCUUCCAUUGUUAUCGAAUCUUUCUUCUUUUAAAUCUUUACAAAGACUCGUCAUUUCAGAUGCCAACAUCACCGGAAUGUUACCGGAGGAUAUUGGUGACUGUACGGAACUUAAAGUCAUCGACUUUAGCUCCAACAGUCUCGUGGGUUCGAUUCCAAGGAGUUUGGGGAAACUUAGGUACCUUGAAGAUUUAAUUCUUGACUCUAAUCAACUCACUGGGAAAAUCCCAGUUGAGAUUGGUGACUGUUUUGGGUUAAAGAAUCUUCUUUUAUUUGAUAAUCGGUUAAGUGGGACGAUUCCGACACAACUCGGAAAACUUACCGGACUGGAAGUUAUUCGUGUCGGAGGGAAUGAAGACAUUAUCGGAAAAAUCCCAGAUGAGCUUGGAAACUGUGGUAACUUGACGGUUUUGGGGCUUGCAGAUACCAAGAUUUCGGGGACUUUACCGGUUUCACUAGGCCGGUUAAAAAAGCUUCAAACUUUAUCUAUUUACACCACCAUGAUCUCCGGCGAAAUCCCACCUGAGAUAGGUAACUGUUCUGAGUUAGUGAGUUUGUUUUUGUAUGAAAAUAGUUUGUCUGGUUCGAUACCUUCCGAGAUUGGUAACCUUAAGAAGCUUGAGCAAUUGUUUCUAUGGCAGAACAAUCUUGUUGGGGCAAUACCAGAAGAGAUUGGAAAUUGUAUUAGCUUGACAAAUAUUGAUCUUUCUUUGAAUUCAAUCUCUGGUACUAUUCCAUUAUCAUUAGGAAAACUUUCUGAGCUUGUUGAGUUUAUGAUUAGUAACAACAAUAUUUCUGGUUCAAUACCUUUAAAUCUUUUCAAUGCUACUAAAUUAGAACAGUUGCAGCUUGAUACUAAUCAAAUUUCGGGUUUGAUUCCACCUGAGAUUGGAAAAUUGUCUAAGCUUAAUGUGUUCUUUGCUUGGCAAAAUCAGUUAGAGGGAAGUAUUCCUUCAUCUUUGGCUAGUUGUACAAGUCUUCAAGCUUUGGACUUGUCUCAUAAUUUCCUCACUGGUACCAUACCUCCUGGCUUGUUUCAGCUUCGGAAUCUUACCAAGUUUCUCUUGAUUGACAAUGACAUUUCGGGUUCUAUACCGCCUGAUAUCGGUAACUGCAGCUCUCUUGUUAGACUCAGGCUUGGUAACAACCGUAUUUCGGGUGGCAUACCUGCAACAAUUGGUGGUUUAAAAAGCUUAAACUUUCUUGAUCUCUCAGCUAAUCGCCUUUCGGGUUUGGUACCUGAUGAGAUUGGAAGCUGCACAGAGUUACAGAUGAUUGAUCUUAGUAGCAAUACAUUGGAAGGUCCCUUGCCUCAUACACUGUCUUCUUUAUCAGGUCUUCAGGUGUUGGAUUGUUCAUCCAAUCGAUUUUCGGGUCAGAUUCCUGCUAGCUUUGGUCGUUUGGUUUCAUUGAACAAACUCAUUUUAAGUAAGAAUUCAUUCUCUGGUACAAUACCUUUGUCUCUUGGCCUUUGUUUGAGUCUACAAUUGCUUGAUCUUAGCAGUAAUGAGCUCACUGGCUCCAUACCGAUCGAAUUGGGUCGAAUUGAAGCUCUUGAAAUAGCUCUUAAUUUGAGCUGGAAUGGACUUUCAGGACCAAUCCCAUCUCAGAUAUCUGCUCUCACCAAGCUUUCUAUACUUGAUCUCUCACAUAACAAGCUUGAAGGUGAUUUGAAUCCAUUAGGAGGGCUUGAUAAUCUUGUCUCUCUUAAUGUUUCUCAUAACAACUUCACAGGCUAUCUUCCUGACAACAAGCUCUUCAGGCAGUUAUCUCCAACUGAUUUAGAAGGAAACAAAGGGCUUUGCUCUUCGAUUUCGAUAAGGGAAUCUUGUUUUCUAACUGAUGUAGGCAAGGCUGGAAUGGCUAAAACCGAAAAUGAAGUACAGAGGUCAAGGAGACUUAAGCUUGCACUAGCUCUGCUGAUCACUCUUACCAUAGCAAUGGUAGUAAUGGGAGUAAUUGCGAUGAUAAGAGCUCGAAAAACACUCAGAGAUGGCGAUGAUGAUUCUGAAUUGGGAGACUCAUGGCCUUGGCAAUUCACUCCAUUCCAAAAACUCCAUUUCUCAGUUGAUGAAAUACUAAAGUGUUUAGUUGACACCAAUGUAAUAGGCAAAGGUUGUUCUGGUGUUGUUUACAAGGCCGAUAUGCAAAACGGCGAUGUCAUAGCAGUGAAGAAGCUAUGGCCAGCAGCUGCAGCCACAACAAGAGGUUUUGUUGAUGAAAAGUCUGGUGUUCGGGAUUCAUUCUCAGCUGAGGUGAAAACUCUUGGCUCAAUUCGACAUAAGAACAUUGUUCGGUUUCUUGGUUGUUGUUGGAAUCGAAACACAAGGCUUCUCAUGUAUGAUUACAUGCCUAAUGGGAGCUUAGGAAGCAUUCUACAUGAGAGAACAGGAAGUAAUGGGUUGGAGUGGGAGCUAAGGUACCAAAUUUUGCUUGGUGCAGCUCAAGGACUUGCUUAUCUUCACCAUGAUUGUGUUCCUCCAAUUGUUCAUAGAGACAUCAAAGCUAAUAACAUUCUUAUUGGUCUUGAGUUUGAGCCUUACAUUGCUGAUUUCGGAUUAGCUAAGCUUGUUGAUGAUGGCGAUUUUGCUCGAUCCUCCAACACUGUUGCUGGUUCAUAUGGAUACAUUGCACCAGAAUAUGGCUACAUGAUGAAGAUAACCGAAAAGAGCGAUGUUUAUAGCUAUGGAGUGGUGGUGUUAGAAGUGUUAACAGGCAAACAACCGAUCGAUCCAACGAUACCAGAUGGACUACAUGUAGUGGAUUGGGUUAGACAAAAGAGAGGAGGGAUUGAAGUGUUGGAUGAAAGCUUACUUUCAAGAUCAGAAUCAGAGAUAGAGGAAAUGAUGCAAGCAUUAGGCAUAGCAUUGUUAUGUGUUAACUCAACACCAGAUGAAAGGCCAACAAUGAAAGAUGUGUCAGCAAUGCUCAAAGAGAUUAAACAUGAAAGAGAAGAGUAUGCUAAAGUUGAUAUGCUUCUCAAAGCCUCUCCUCCUUCUCAUAAUGCUAAUGAUAAUGGAGCUUUGGGAACUUCAUCUUCAUCAAUGGCAAUGCAAAAAAUGUUCCCAAAAAGCAAUAACACAAGCUUCUCUGCUUCUUCAUUUCUUUACUCAUCAUCAUCAUCUUCAUCUAAUGCCAAAAUGGGAUUGAAGUAAUUAUGUUAUUGUAUAAGUCAUGAUCAAGUUUCCUCAUUUAGUUUUUGUUCUUUUUCUUUGUUCUAGUUUUUGUUUUAUUGAUGUAAAGAUUAAAAAAAAAGAAGUUUAUAUGUGUAAUAAAUUGGAUGCAAUGCAAGGAAAAAAAAAAUAGAGCUAAUAGAA